AUGGAAAAAGAGGAGAACCAACUCCGAGCAGAUCAGUUUACUCAGUCCACUCGCCGACCUCCCAAACGGUUCGCUCGUAAAGGUUCUAUUUUCUUAUUGCAAAUUUGAUUACAUUCCGUUUAUAACCCUUCUGAAGUGUGUACAGUUGACAUCAUUGAACAACUGAAUUCUUUUUGCAUAUAUAACAUAUGGAUUCACAGCAUGACUUUUGAUGCUGGUAACUUCCUUCACCUUGAGGUUUUGGAUUUAUCCUAUAACAGACUGUUAACAGCUGAUGAUAUUGUUCCCAUCGACCAACUUUCUCAACUUAAAGUCUUUCAUCUAUCCGGAAAUCACUUUGCUCAUCUUCCUCCUGAUCUAGGGUUGUCAAACCUCGACCCAACACACCUGUCGACUACAGAAGAAAACACACAUUUUAAAAUUCUUGAAGUCGUGAUGGUUGAUGAUAACAAACUGUCCUCUUGAGUUUUCUACAGUCUUGCAAACCCGAGAAGGUCAUCAUCUGAUUGGCCUGAUACUUCAUUCAUCCACAUCUGUCACACAAAUCAAAACUGCAAAGAAUCCAGCUUACCACUACCAGAACUGAAGUUCCUGAAUUUAUCAGACAACAAGAUUGCUGAAGAAGAAGCCCUGCUAGCUGCUGCUCUUUUCCCAAAGAUUCAUGAAAUCAAUAUUCACUCCCACCUACUGACCACACAGAGAAGCGGUAAUUCUCCUCCAGAGAGAGUGACACCCUCUAUGGCUGACUUGCACCUCCAUGAAAGACUGGCGAUAACGAUAACACACAAGAAGACACCAGCAGCUGUAAAACUUCCACUGAAGGUGUUAGCAGAUCCCAAAUGGAAGGAGGAAGAAAAUAUGACAAAGGUGCUAAAGAGACCAUUACCUAUAAAAGCACCUCUCAUUACUGCCAACAACAACAUAUCACUUCAUCCCGAAGAAGAAUGGGAGAACACUCAGCAGGAAACUGAUCACUUUGAUCCUCUAUGUGAGGAGGAAGAAGCUACCGAAAAAAAGGGGGAUGAUUCCGUUCCCGAAAAAUUCAAAGCAUUGAUGGAUGCAGAGCAAGAUCCUGAUGUGGUGGAGCCUGUUGGAACUCAAACAGCUGUUCAAAUGCUGGAACACACACUGAAGCAACACACUGUUUAUAGAGACCCCAAACCAAAGCAUGAUAGCAUCCAGACGCCACACGGAGAGAGAAGGAACAGGAUUAAACAAGCUCCACUUCUGAAAUCAGUAAGAAAGCCAGAUGAAAGAGUUGAUGAAAUGCUGAAAGAAAUCAAACGUAAUUCAUCAAUAAGUGACGUCCCCUUAGGCAGUGUUCUGCACAGGAUACAUGGGAACAAACAAGACUAUGAAGAGGCUGUGUUGCUGUUGAGGGAUUUGAAGACAAAGUACAAGAAGUUCCACAAGAAAAUGACAGAACACACAGCAACCACCAAGUCUGAUCACAACUAAAAUAUCACAGCAACACUGUGGUUGGUGGAGAAUAACUCUGCCCACUUCUGUUUGUUAUCAG